CGGCACGUUGAAGUCCGGUCUUUUUAGUCCAGGGAUGCGGCGGAGUUGGGCUUUGAGCCGGCAGGUUUCCGAGACUCGGUUCCCCGGGAAGCGGUGGCUGGUGGCUGGCCUGGGGAACCACGGAAUGCCUGGCACCCGGCACAGUGUGGGCAUGGCGGUGCUGGGGCAAAUAGCAAGGCGACUGGGAGUGGCGGAGAAUUGGGCUCGUGACUCGCGCUGUGCUGCUGACCUCGCCCUGGCCCCGCUCGGGGAUGCUCAGCUGGUACUGCUCCGGCCACGGCGCCUCAUGAACGUCAACGGGCGCAGCGUAGCCCGAGCUGCGGAGCUGUUUGGGCUGACUGCGGAGGAGAUCUAUCUGGUCCAUGAUGAACUGGACAAGCCGUUGGGAAAGCUGGCUCUGAAGCUGGGGGGCAGCGCAAGGGGCCAUAAUGGAGUCCGUUCCUGCAUUAGCUGUCUGAACUCCAAUGCAAUGCCAAGGCUGCUGGUGGGCAUCGGGCGCCCCACACACCCUAAUAUGGUGGAGAACCAUGUUCUGGGCUGUUUCUCCCCAGAGGAGCAGGAGCUACUGUCCCCAUUGAUGGAUCAGGCCACUGACCUGCUCCUGGACCACAUCCGUGCUCGAAGCCAGGGACCAUUGUCAGGCCUCUAAUACCAGUGGAUAGAUCUACCUGUUUGACUGCCUGCCGGUGCCAUGAAGCCAAGACAGGGCCACAGAACUGCAAUGACACGAGUGGUACCCAAUGUUUAUAUAACUUCCCUGGGUUUCCCCAGGCCACUUGCAGAUUCAAGGAGGGACUGUGGCCACAUCAGUCUGUUUCUGCAGCAGCUUGGUCUCCCCGUUCGCUAUUUGCGGUGCAGGAAAGGUCUAGGAAGGGUAAACUUUCUGAACUUUUUGAGUGCUCCAGAUGGGUAGAUCUGCAAGAUUAAAGAUACGAACUUGA